AUGAAAUUCGGCAAGAGCCUUAGCAACCAGAUCGAAGAAACUUUACCAGAAUGGCAAGACAAAUUCCUCUCCUACAAGGAUCUCAAGAAGAAGCUUAAGCUCAUGGAGCCUCGCGCCGCCGAGGAUCGCCCCAACAAACGCUCCAGAUCCGACCCGGAUUCCGCCGACGCCGCGGAUCCAACGGCCGGUAUGACCAAGGAGGAGAUCGAUUUCAUUCGCCUCCUCGAAGACGAGCUCGAGAAAUUCAACUGCUUCUUCGUCGAGAAAGAGGAAGAGUACAUCAUCCGAUUAAAGGAAUUGAAGGAUCAAGUGGCAAAGGCAAAGAAUUCAAACGAAGAGAUGAUGAAAAUAAAGAAGGAGAUUGUAGACUUUCAUGGAGAAAUGGUCUUGUUGAUGAAUUACAGUGCUCUUAACUACACAGGAUUAGCAAAGAUUCUGAAAAAGUACGACAAGAGAACUGGUGCUCUUAUACGACUACCAUUCAUUCAAAAGGUUCUGCAAGAACCAUUCUUCACGACGGACCUACUCAACACGUUUGUGAAAGAGUGCGAGGCGAUGCUCGACCGGCUCUUCCCAUCUAACAAGAGCCGGAGUCUGGAGGAGGAGGAGGAGGAAGGAGAAGGAGAGGCAACGACUUCUGGAACGGUUAAGACGGAGACCGAUCUUCUUCGAGUUCCGAAAGAUUUGUCUGAGAUUGAGUAUAUGGAGAGCUUGUAUAUGAAGAGCACUGUGUCGGCGUUGAGGGUGUUGAAGGAGAUUCGCAGUGGUAGCUCCACGGUUAGCGUUUUCUCGUUGCCACCGUUACAAGCUAGUGGAGGAUUGGAAGAUGAUUCCUGGAAGAAGAAAGUUGGUGUUCUUGAACAAGUAGCCAAAUAA